AUGGCGGAAACAAACCCAAACCAAAUCAUAACAAUGGAACAGAUGGAACACAUGUUCAGACUGUUUCAACAGAUGCAAAAACCAAAUACAACCCUUGAAACUAUUUCUCCAGAUUUGAAAUUAGCCGAAAAAUUAAACUACCAAAAUUACACAACAUGGUGUAAAAUGAUGCAGAUAGCAUUAGAAAGCAGGGGUCGUCUUAGCCACAUCAUUGACGACCCUCCCAACACUUCAGAUCCUAAUUACACAAACUGGAAGCAAAAGGACUCAUUAGUCCUAUCAUGGAUAAUCUCAAACAUAGACACUGAACUAAUAAAUCAAUUCCUAGAUUAUACGAUUGCAAAAGACCUAUGGAAGGGGAUCGAGGUCUUACUGUGCAGUGGAAGGGAUGAACUUCAGAUAUUUGAUCUGAGUUCACAAGCAAAUAAUAUCAAACAAAACCAAGAUCCAUUAGAGAUUUAUUAUGGGAAGCUGACCAAAAUAUGGAAGGAGAUAGAUCGAAGACAACCAAAUCCGAUGAUACACGCUGAAGACAUUACCAUUUUUAACACAUUCAUCCAGAAACAAUGGCUCUUCCAAUUCUUGGCCGGAAUUAAUGAAACUUUUGACAAAGAAAAAAGGGACUUACUGAAUCUUGACCUACUCCCAACAGUAGACAUGGCUUAUGCUACAAUCAGGCGCGAAAUUUCACGGCGUGGUAUUAUGAUUCACGCUUCAUCAUCGGGAAAAAAUCCCUCAGAAAUUGGGAGUGGGUUGGCCGUCAAACAUCACCGGUCAAACGUUUCAUUCCGGCGUGACAUGGAGGACAAGGCUUACCUGAAGUGUAGUUACUGUGGAGGAAGUAGACAUACAAAGGAAGGGUGUUUUAAGUUAAUCGGCUACCCGGAGUGGUGGGAGGAGCACCGGCAACAGAAAACCGCCACCAAGGCUCAGUCAAAACAAACCGGCGGCAAGGCUAACAUGGUUACUGGUGCCCUCCACAUCACAGACAUGGUCACUAAGGAACCAACCCACAACAAAGAAGUCACCCAUGGCAACACAGGUGAACAGAAAAAGGGAAAGAGAGAAGACGGACCAGAGGAAAGAGAAAGAGAGAAAGAUCUGGAAAUAAACCGGCACACAAAACUACCCCCCUCUCACUCUUUUAUACCAAACACAACAAACCCUAAGCCCAGAAACCACCCCCGGCCCAAUUUAAAACCUAUUUCCCAAAUACCCAAAAACAUUCUCAACCCUCAAAAACAUGGUCUCCUUUGUAAACCUUAUUAUUCUUCCAAAUGGAUAUUUGAUUGCGGGGCUACCGACACUAUGACUUUUGAUCCUAAUGACCUCUUAUCCACAAAUAAAAAAACCCGCACCUAUAUUCAGACCGCUAAUGGGGAGUGUGUGAGUGUAGAUCAAUCUGGACCCGUUACAAUUUCUCCCUCUCUCAAAAUCUGA